CGGGGCUAUGGAGAGGAGGAGGAAGAUGGCGGGAGGGCGGCUCUGAGGAGACCUCGGCGGCGGCGGAGGAGGAGAGAAGCGCAGCGCCGCGCCGCGCCGGGGCCCAUGUGGGGAGGAGUCGGAGUCGCUGUUGCCGCCGCCUGGAGCUGCCGGACCCGAGUGGGAGUGAGGGGGAGACGGCAGGAUGAAGUUCGCCGAGCACCUCUCCGCGCACAUCACUCCCGAGUGGAGGAAGCAGUACAUCCAGUAUGAGGCUUUCAAGGAUAUGCUGUAUUCAGCUCAGGACCAGGCACCUUCUGUGGAAGUUACAGAUGAAGACACGGUAAAGAGGUAUUUUGCCAAGUUUGAAGAAAAGUUUUUCCAAACCUGUGAAAAGGAACUUGCCAAAAUCAACACAUUUUAUUCAGAGAAGCUCGCAGAGGCUCAGCGCAGGUUUGCCACACUUCAGAAUGAGCUGCAGUCAUCCCUGGAUGCGCAGAAGGAAACUGCUGGUGUUACUACGCUGCGACAACGUAGAAAACCAGUCUUCCACCUGUCCCACGAGGAGCGUGUCCAACACAGGAAUAUUAAAGACCUUAAACUGGCCUUCAGCGAGUUCUACCUCAGUCUUAUCCUGCUGCAGAACUAUCAGAAUCUGAAUUUUACAGGAUUUCGAAAAAUCCUUAAAAAGCAUGACAAGAUCCUGGAAACAUCUCGUGGAGCAGAUUGGCGAGUGGCUCAUGUAGAAGUAGCCCCAUUUUAUACAUGCAAGAAAAUUAACCAGCUCAUCUCUGAAACUGAGGCUGUAGUGACCAAUGAACUUGAAGAUGGUGACAGACAAAAAGCUAUGAAGCGUUUACGUGUUCCCCCUUUGGGAGCUGCUCAGCCUGCACCAGCAUGGACUACUUUUAGAGUUGGUCUGUUUUGUGGAAUAUUCAUUGUGCUGAAUAUUACCCUUGUGCUUGCCGCUGUAUUUAAACUUGAAACAAGUAGAAGUAUAUGGCCCUUGAUAAGAAUAUAUCGGGGUGGCUUUCUUCUGAUCGAAUUCCUUUUUCUACUGGGCAUCAACACGUAUGGUUGGAGACAGGCUGGAGUAAACCAUGUGCUCAUCUUUGAACUUAAUCCAAGAAGCAAUCUGUCUCAUCAGCAUCUCUUUGAGAUUGCUGGAUUCUUGGGGAUAUUGUGGUGCCUGAGCCUGCUGGCAUGCUUCUUUGCUCCCAUUAGUGUCAUCCCCACUUACGUGUAUCCACUUGCUCUUUAUGGAUUUAUGUUUUUCUUUCUUAUCAACCCCACCAAAACUUUUUAUUAUAAAUCCAGAUUUUGGCUGCUCAAAUUGCUGUUUCGAGUAUUUACAGCCCCGUUCCAUAAAGUAGGCUUUGCUGAUUUCUGGCUGGCUGAUCAGCUGAAUAGCCUGUCAGUGAUACUGAUGGACCUGGAGUAUAUGAUCUGCUUCUACAGUUUUGAGCUCAAAUGGGAUAAAAGUAUGGGCCUGUUGCCAAAUGAUACAAAAGAACCAGAAGUUUGCCACAAAUACACAUACGGGGUGCGAGCCAUUGUUCAGUGCAUUCCUGCUUGGCUUCGCUUCAUCCAGUGCCUGCGCCGAUACCGAGACACAAGGAGGGCCUUUCCUCACUUAGUGAAUGCCGGCAAGUACUCCACAACCUUCUUCACGGUGACCUUCGCAGCCCUGUACAGCACCCACAAAGAACGAGGUCACUCAGACACCAUGGUGUUCUUCUACCUGUGGAUUGUCUUUUGUAUCAUCAGUUCCUGCUAUACCCUCAUCUGGGAUCUGAAGAUGGACUGGGGUCUCUUUGAUAAGAAUGCUGGAGAAAACACUUUUCUCCGGGAGGAGAUUGUGUACCCCCAAAAAGCCUACUACUACUGUGCCAUCAUAGAGGAUGUGAUACUGCGCUUUGCCUGGACCAUCCAGAUCUCCAUCACCUCCACAACUCUGUUGCCUCAUUCUGGAGACAUCAUUGCCACUGUCUUUGCACCCCUUGAGGUUUUCCGGCGUUUUGUGUGGAAUUUCUUUCGCCUGGAGAACGAACAUCUGAAUAACUGUGGUGAGUUCCGUGCUGUGCGGGACAUCUCUGUGGCCCCUCUGAAUGCAGACGAUCAGACGCUCCUGGAGCAGAUGAUGGACCAGGAAGAUGGGGUACGGAACCGGCAGAAGAACCGGUCAUGGAAGUACAACCAGAGCAUAUCCCUGCGCCGGCCUCGCCUCGCCUCUCAAUCCAAGGCUCGCGACACGAAGGUAUUGAUAGAAGACACAGACGACGAAGCUAACACUUGACUUCUCCGACGUCUAGACUAACAUUCUGGGUUUUCCUACUCGACACUUCUUUCCUCGACCAACGCAACCUCUACUACCUUCCCAGCUGAAAACCGGAGAAAUCGCCUCACACACUUCCGAGCUCUCCCAGAUCGGAUCCUGUGGACUCCAAACAGGCUCACUGUGUUUCUUUUCUUUUCUUCUGGUUUAAUUUUAAUUUUCUAUUUUUAAAACAAAUACUUCAUUUUGCCAAUCAGAGGACAUUUUAAGGAACAAAAACAGUCUCUCAUGGAUUGUUUACAAUCACAAGGACACAGAUACCGACCACGAUGAAGAUCAGGCACUGCAAGGACCCUCUGAUGGGAUGGUACCGAGAUGUCUCGGCUUCUGCUUGGUCCGGUUUUGACUGGUUGAAACCGGACAUUGGUUUUUUAAAUUUUUGUCAGUUUCUGUGGAGAAUUAUUUCCUUUCCUUCAUACCCAGCGCAAAGGCACUGGCUGCACUUGCAGGAAAAGAGCAGCUUAGAGCAGUGCCUUCAUUCACGAAGCUACUUUUUCAUUUGAUGUAACUUUUCUUAUUUUGGGGAGGGGUGCUGGGUGGGUGGGAAAUAUGAUGUAUUUGUUACGUACAGUUCUCUCAUUAUUUAUAAACUUGACCGUAAGAGAAUGCUGUCACUGCAGUGAAGACGAUGGCAGAGGAAACGGGGACUGAUGCUGGAUGACAUCGCUGGGGUCAGCCCGCGCACCGCUCUCAGGAGACAGUUUGCACCGGUUUCACGUGUUGAGCGCUUUUAUUUUAAGCCAAAGUUUCAUUAUUCACUUUUUAGUUGUUGCUACUUUAGAGUCCUGAGCAUCUUUCAUGACUGAGCAUCCCACACUUACCCACACCGCCAACUGAGAUUUAUAAGAGGUUCUGACACAGAUGUGCAAUACAUUUGCCCAUAUUACAACUGUAACAACAGAAGUUAUAAAUUCACUGGGGAAUUAGAGUGUAAUCUUUACUAACUCCGAAUUAGAAACUAGCUACUUUAGAGACUCUCCACACCCCCAGUUGGUCAGUCUUUCUUCUGUGUUCAACCACGUAAAGCCAGAAUUUGAUCAAAUUAAGUCUGUUGUGGGGAAGUUGGGUUUUUGAGCACAUAGAACAAAUUAUCAUUACUCCUUAGUUACCCUGGUAUAAAAGAUUUUGACAGCCAUUUCCCUCAGCAGUUUUAAAGGGCGAACGUUACAUUUCCUGCCUUCCGUGCUUAAAAAAAAAUCUACUUUUUAAAAAUAUUGAGUGUCUAAACUUGGUUAUACAUAGAAGGUAUAUUGCCUAGAAAUUUUAGACUAUACAAUUCCCAUUUUUUUUUUUUUGUUUCAUUUAUUUCCUUAGUUUCUAAGUCAUCCAAAUGAGCCCGAAAGCCGUAAGGGGUUUUACUUUCCUGACCCAGAUGAAUAUUCCAGAAUUAAAUCAGUAGAUGCAUGAAAGUAAAUUUACCUCUGUCGUUUUCAGCUUGAUUUUAAAGGGAGGAAGGAAGCAGUGAAGGGACAGCCGUUAGCACUUGCGUAAUCUUCAACCUUGUGGUCACUGCCCUCUAACACACCCCUCUUCUCAUGAGCUCUUCCCCCUUGGAUCCAAGUCUUACUACGUCCCUGUCAUAACUCCAGAUUAUAUUAAAGUGACUGUUACUACCAAAACUCUACCAAUUAACUGACAGGUAGUUUCUUUUUAAAGGGGUUACUUAUUUCUUUAUUCUGACAAACUUCCAAAAUUUGUUCCCUUUCUGAAUUGAGGUUUUUGUGUUUUUUUGUUUUUGAAAAAAUCAUAACACUUUGGUAACUUCUGUUGCUUUUUUGUAUUUUGCCAAGCAUAUAUUCCUUGGCCCAAAACUGAAGGGGAAACGUUUACUCUUUUUUUUGUUGUUUAAAUAAAUUGAGUCAUUUAUAAUAAUCAGUGGUAACAAUUUAGUGACCCAUGGCAGAUUAAAGAUUGCAUUAUUCCUUUUUAGGUUCUUUUUUCUUUUUUCCUUAACUAUUCUAGUUUUUGUACUUCAGAACUAUGAGGGAAAGUUCACUGGUCUGUCACGAAAUAGCAGUGACCUUUUAUUCCUGAGUUGUACAGAGAAGUCCAGUGGGUCAGUCAUUUCUUAUGCAAAUAAAAUUGGUGACACUGGUAUGUAUCCAGAGCCAUUUGAACUGUCAGCCUCAUUGGUGGCUCUGUGAGGUGAAACAUUCAGAAUCCUACAGUUGGCAUCUGAUGUUUGAACUCCCCAGUGCUUUUACAUCCUUGUGUCCUAUGGCACUUUGACCUUUUUCACCUGCUACGAUUCUAGGUCCUUAUCAGUAUUAACUUUCCAUAGAGACUACAAUGGGAUGUAUUCCUUUUCUGAUAUUUUCCUGCUGGCAUACUCUGUUAAAAAAUGAGACUCCUGUAACUUUUAGUUGACCAUGAAAGAUACUCAAACACAUAUUUAAACGCACAGCUGUAUGUUCUUAAAGUUACAAAGAAAAAAGAGGGCUUUUUCUUAUAGAAAACAUUUGAGAAACAGUAUACAUUUAAACUUUUUCCAUCGAACAAAGCAGUGAACAUAUUUAUCUCCUCAGCUUUAUAACACCUAGCAGUUGUGAAUGCUGGGUCCCACCUGAGGUUUUAUUGGAGUCUUCCAUGCACUGAGUCUCAAUAGAGCUCUCAGAAAUGAGAGUCACAGAGUCACUUUAAAGGAAUAUCAACCACACUGAAGGUAAAACUUCAUCUGAUUCUGGAUUUAGAAACUCCAGUUUUAUUUGUAUUCAAGAAUCACUCACUUUAACUUCUUAGUAGAAGUUGAAAUACUCCCAAGAGGAUAAAAUUUAUUUUUCAUUUUCUAGUAAUAUGGAAAACAUUGAUACGUGUAGAGAACUAGAAGACAAAAGUGAGUCUGCUCUUCAUGUACAAAUGCCUCCUGUAUUUAAGACUGCCUAUAUCAUGACGAAUCAAUUAGCGACCUCAUAAAGAAAGAUCAUGAAACAAUCAAGAUGAAGGCAUCAUGAAUUGGGUUAUAAUGCAGGAAGGUCAUUUGUAAGAUUGGAAAAACAUUGAAAAUCCAUGUGCAACUUGGUUUUCAAGCAUUCUGUCAUUAGGCUCCUUAAGCAACUUGCCCGCCUUCCAGUUCAGGAGUCACACUGUGACCAGCAACCUGUUCAGAUCCUUUGAGAAAGAGAAAGGGAUCUGGCUCCCAGGACCCCUGACUUCCCAGUAUUGCAAAUGUGAGAGUACUGCAAUUUGAGCUGAGUUUUACUGGAAGUGACUUACUGAGUCGGGUGUCUUUCCACACUCCAAGUAACUAGAGAAGGCAGUGCAUCCAGUUCUGCACAGGUGAACUAACAAGCAAGGAAAUAGGAACAAGUAACCUAGUCCUGGGUCAGACAGGCAGGAGAUGAACAGACACUGAGUGAAAGAAAAGUGAUUUGGGGGCUGUUAGAGAACAGCAAGAAGACUGGAGCUGAGGAGCCCAGCAGAGCGGUUAGGAAAGCAUGUGAACUUCUAGAAGGGUAGAAGGGGGAUCCUCAGGUAGGAGAGACCUGUCUUUUGUUCUUAUUUUCCCCCUUCAACGUUGCAUUACUCAGAAAACAGUUCCCAAAUGCGAUUUUCUAAGCCGUGACCAGAAGACUUUAUUUCUAAUGUAAAGAAUUUAGAAAAAAAUCCUAUUUCUUAUUGGAAAAUAAUACCCAUAGUAUUCCUUCAGUCGAAGAAUUGGGAUUCUUAGAAAUCAUUUCAUUUUGCUUCCUAAACAUUUCAGAUUGCUGGUACUGUUUUCUCUUACUGGAUUUUAAUAGUUUCCAUGAAAUCUGCCUAUCCCUCUCAAAAAACAAGUAUUUUCUUCCUAUCUAACAUAAUCAAAUCUUGAAAAUUAAGAUAAUUUCUCAGAUUAAAAAUGUCAUUUUGAUUGUAUGGCUCCCUCAAUGACAGAAAUCACCAUACUUCUGUCAAGUUUACUGAGAAAUCAGUGUCAUAGAUAAGGGCUGUGGUGACCAGGUGAAGACAGCAGUCCUGAGAAGAAUGAAUCCCAUUUAUCAGUUUGGUUCAUUUUUUUUCUGGCUGGUCUAAAUUUUUCUUGCAUUUGAUCAUUAACUAAAGCAAGAAGAGUUGAAAACUGUAAUUCUCUGCAUUUCAGACGUUAGUCUUGAUAGGGAGUCUUAAAAUUUCUCAGAAUUUUACAUUGCAUUGUAAGUCUAGACAACGCUAGAGCCUAUGGUCAUGUGGGGUAGAGCUGGGUAGAGCUAAAGGAGUUUGUGCUUUUCAGUGUUCCAGACCAACCAUUCAACCAGCCUUCACCACGCUCCGCUUACAAAUGUGAAGAAGAUUUGGAGUUUAGGUUCAGCGAUACAAGAGGCUGGGGAGCGGAAGGGAGGCUGUUGACUGGUGUGGCUCGUAAUAAUUCUUGUGUGAAUUGUCCAGACUCUGAUACGGAGUUGCCCUCAGAAGCAACCUUCCAGAAUAUAUUUGCUUAAUUAUGGAGGGAGAAGAAGUAAGAGAGACAAAAUCAAAGUUUCCCCUGAAGUGAGGAGAACCAUUAUACUCAUUUUCCACUGAAGUGGGUUUCCUUGUCAUACACCUUUGGUUUGUUUUAUUAUUGAAUCAGUGUCUGGUGCCAUCAACUUAAGAGGACAAUCAAAAAUCAUCUGUUGUUUGCCUUGGAUUCCGUGUGUCUGCUAGUGACACGGUCCGCCUGAUGGACGUCCACUCUGCUGCUGUGCUUCGUCCUCUGUCCUUUGCUCUGUCCCGCCACCAGCCUGUGGCAGGACGUGGACUUCAGGGAGGAGCAGGCUUCCUAAUCACUGUCUCUGAGGGCCCUGCCUUCACGUCCUGGAGCCACACCAGCGUGCUGGGAGUAGGGAGAACGAUCGUGAGAAAUCCCAAAGUCACUGUUCACGAUAAUUGUUAUUCUUUUGAACUGUGAAGUAAAACUGUGAGAAACUCAUGUUUCAGUUGAAAAAAGAACAGAACUCUUAAACUUUAUCACAUUGUGAAGAUUAAUUUUUUGCCGUUUUCAGGAUUAGCACAGACCCUUGUAUUAAUGAAGAAUACUGAGGAGGGGAAUGGGGUGAGACAUGUUUUUCUUUUCGGACUCCCUCCCUCCACUUCUGUUCCCCUCACCCUGCUCCCCAACAAACGAUGCUGUUUUAUGAACCCUGAGCCGUGUUCUCAGGAGUAACUCGAUUGUGGUUAGUCCUCUGGAUGCUUCUUCCUCUCCCGUUCUCCUUCCUUGCUUUCUUACUCUCCACUCUGGUAAAUGGAAAAGGUGACGUCAGAGAAUUGACACUUGCUUGGAUUCCUGUUGUAUCUGUGACUAUGCUAUUAGCUGUCUCCUUUUUCCUCCUUAUAUGGGUAGAAUUCUUAUGCCAUGUGGACUUCCCUUCUUGAUAAGUAGUUCAAUGCACAAUGUGGUACUGUUUUAUAGUUUCUAGAUGGUUGUACAAAGCAAAAAGUUAAUGUGGUUAUGUGUUUUUAAAAGCAAAUAAGUGAUUGGUUACAAAACUGUCCUUUUUUCAUUAUUACAAGCUCUCUGUUUUCCAACA